GACGUUUGGGAUGCAUGGUCAUUCUUUAAGCUCUUGGACCUGGACCAGGGUGGUGCGGUUUCUGUGGAUGAGUUCUUGAUGGGGUGCCUGCGAUUCCGGGGAGCUGCUCGUGCUAUGGAUGUCGGCAAGCUGCUCCACGACCAGAACUGGCUUAUCAAGGCGCAGAGCCGUUUCCAAGGGCAUGCAGAG